AUGCACAAUGCUGAAGCUCUAUUGAAUACCAUUUGGUGGAAUGUCACUCGCUUUUUUGGGAUGAGGGCCGGCGCGGAGCAGCACAAACUUCAAUGGGGCGACGUAACUCUUCGUACUGCCUCCAAUGGAAUGGAGUAUUGCGAAUUCAACGAGCGACAAAUGAAGGUCCGCUCAGGCGCCGAUCUAAGAACUAUCGGCUCUGUGACUCCCAAAAUGUGGGCUAUUUCCAACAAUGCAGACAAUCCCCGCGACCCGGUGGCUGUAUAUAAAAAGUACUCUGCUAUGAGACCUGUUGCCAUGAAGUGUCUUGAUUCCCCGUUUUAUCUUGCCAUAAACAACAGUAAAGAACCUGAUUGGUUUAAAUGUCAACCUUUGGGAAUCAAUACUCUUAAAUCCCUGAUGAAAAAGAUGUUCACCAAAGCUGCUUUACCCAUCAGAGGGGCUGGCAAGAUUACCAAUCACAGUGCUCGUAAAACUAUGAUAGAAAGUAUGAGGGAAUUUAACCCAGAUCCAGUCUCGGUUCCAGUUGGUCUUGAAUUUAACACUGGUAAACUGCAAUUCUUUCUGUUGAUAUAUUUCUUUCAACCAUAUCACUUCUCUUUCUUUCGUCCUCUUUUUAUUUUACUCCAGUUUUCUUAUUUGCCCUUGACUUUUGCUCAUUCACGUUGCCCACCCUCAUUAUCUCCCUUGUGUUUCCCAAUUCUGCUGUGUGAUCCACGACUCACGUACGAUUCGCUUACUUUCGUAUUCCGAACUGCUAUCUAUCGCGACGAGAUUAAUAAAAACAAAACAUUUAGAAAAAUGGACUCUAAUACUGAGCAGAAUACUAUGGCUGAGACUCACAAUAUGGGUCAUCUUACUCCGAAAACUGCCGAUAAGUUAUUUGCUUCCUCCUCUUCGCCCAUUAGCGUCAGUGGUCAACCGAUUUCCUGCAGUGAUGGCGAGGGUAUUAUUAGGUACAGUAGUGUUUCAGUGGAUGACAAUUCAGUGCUUAAUUCGUCAGGCGUCUCCCAAACACAGAACGAGUCGACUGAACGGAAAACGAAGUCAUGCCUCAAACGUAUUCUUUUGUUUUUCAAAGAACACGGCGAAAGCCGACCCCCAGAGUGUCUGUCCCCUCCAGAGUUAGACCAAAUGAUUGCUUUUUUCUUUAAGGAGACCAAACGUCUAGACGGAGAAGAUUUUCAACCGAUUUCUUUGAAAAGUUUCCAGAAUUCGUUGGACCGUUAUUUGAGAAAUAAAAAUUAUCCUUACAGUGUGCUGAAUGAUAGUGUCUUCUCGCUGAGCCGGAACGUUUUGUGGGCCCGUAAAAAAGAAUUGAAAGAACAGGGUAAAGUCGUGAAGCCCAUUACAGUCGAAACUCUGACGCCCGCAGAAGAACAACAACUUUGGGAGAAGGGGUUCUUGGGAAACAUGAACGAUCCAUGGUCGCUGCAAAGAACAGUGUGGUUUUUCAACCAAAAAGCCAUGCGAUUUAAAGGGAGCAGUGACGCUUACCAGCUAAAGUGGGGCGAUGUGCAACUUCGGUCGGUUGACCAAAGAUCGGGCGAAACACGACGAAUAGAGUACCUUCAGAUAAACAAGCGAAUAAUUAAGCAGAAGUUGUCCUCGACCGUUAUUAACCAGCGACCCCGAACAAGGAUCUUGCCUAAUUUAAGUGAACCUUUGCGCUGUCCGAUUCGAUUCUUUAAGGCUUUCACCAAGAAACGUCCUUGCGGUAUGUUGCAGUUGGACAGUCCGUUUUAUUUGGCAGUCAGAAACAAACGCUAUGAUAAUCCGGCCUUUUACAAAAGCUGCAAACUAGGAAUCCAUGCUUUGGAGAGAAUUCUGAAGACGCCCAUUGAAACCAUUCGAAAAUCGGGAUUUGUGUUGCCUCCAGGAGGAGGUAAACAUGCGAGUAAAGGGGGAGAAUCGUCUAAGUUGAGUCAAAUUCCUGAGAUUUGCUUACCUGGCCCAUAG